GAAAACCCUCUAUAAAACCUCAGUACACAGCGUCGUUCCGGGGUGCACACUGUCACACUGACACCGCGCGUGGCCAUGGACGCUGCGCACCGAGACCACCUCCUCGCCGCACUGCACGGCGUCCUCGGCGCCGCCACGCUCCUCCUCUGCCUCCUCGCCGAGCUCCUCGUCUUCGCGCUCCGGCGCCACGCCGCGUUCUACCUCGCCCCCGUGGCCGCGAUGCUCCUCUCCGGCCACCUCCGCCGCCGCGCCGCGGCGUUGGAGAUCGGCCUCGUCGACUUCUCGUGCCUGAAGCCGCCACGCCGGCUGCGCAUCCCCGUGGCGGGGCUGCUGGAGCACUUCCGCCUCAUCGGCUGCUUCGACGACGCCAGCGUCGAGUUCAUGACCAAGGUCAUCGAGGCCAGCGGCAUGGGCAACGAGACCUACUUCCCGCCCUCGCUGCACUACAUCCCGCCGGCGGCCACGCACGCCGGCGCCGUCCAGGAGGCGCACAUGCUCUUCUUCCCCACGCUCGACGACCUCUUCGCCAGGACCGGCGUCCCGCCGUCCGCCGUCGGGGCGCUCGUCGUCAACUGCAGCGGCUUCUGCCCGGCCCCGUCGCUCGCCGCCAUCAUCGCCCGCCGCUACCGCAUGCCCAGCGACGUCAGGACCUUCAACCUCUCCGGAAUGGGCUGCGCCGCGGGCGCCGUGGGCGUCGACGUCGCCAGGGGCGUCCUGCUCGCGCACGCCGUUCCCUACGCCGUCGUCGUCAGCGCCGAGAUCGUCACCGUCGGCUGGUACAGCGGCAAGGACCAGGGCAAGCUGCUCCUCAACUGCUACUUCCGCACGGGCUGCUCCGCCGCGCUCGUCACCAGCCGCCGCGGCGCCGCGGCGCGGGUGCCGGUCAGGUACCGGCUCGCGAGCCUGACGCGCACGAACCAGAUCGCCAACGACCGGAGCUACCGCUCGGGGUACCGCGAGGAGGACUACGAGGGCGUCACCGGCUUCACCCUGGGCCAGGGCGUCGGCCGCAUGGUGAGCGAGCUGCUGCGCGCGCACCUCGUGACGCUCAGCCUGUCCAUCCUCCCCUGGCGCGAGAAGCUGCGCUACGCGCGCGCGCUGGUGCUCCUGCGGUCAUCCCGCCGGCGCCGGGGCGACGGCAGCAGCAAGCUGCAUGCCGUGCCGCUGCCGGACUUCCGCGCGGCGGCGGACCAUUUCUGCCUGCCGUCGUCGGGGCGGCCGAUGAUCUGGCGGCUGGGGCAGGGGCUCGGGCUGGGCGAGCGGGAGAUGGAGGCGGCGCUGAUGACGUUCCACCGGUUCGGGAACCAGUCGGCGGCGUCGCUGUGGUACCAGCUCGCGUACCUGGAGGCCAAGGGGCGGGUCCGCGCGGGCGACACGGUGUGGCAGCUCGGCGUCGGCAGCGGCCUCAAGGCCAACAGCCUGGUGUGGCAGCGCGCCGCCGGGGGCAACGGGGAGCGCGACGAGCAGGGGCCGUGGGCGGACUGCAUCCACAGGUACCCUGUCACGGAUACGUAAAGCGCAGACGCGAGACUCGCUGGUUGGGGUGAAUCCGUCGUGCAUGCUGCAGAGCUCGAUCGAGUGAUGUUCUUGGAGGAGACGCUUCAGGAUGCCCGUUUCGUUCGAGUUUCCUAGUGUUAUGAACCCGUUUGUUGUUAGUCAGUAAUAGCAGCAUGUACAUGUACGCCUUCCUUUGUACUACGUGUUUUUGAUUUGCGAUCGAUCAAAUCAAAUGUACCAAGUCGUGAUGUGUUUUGUUUUCCCUCAAAAACUACUCCAAGUUUAAUAAAAAAAUAAAUGUGUAAACGUUCA